UUUGCCCUAGGGCUGGGACUGAAAUUCUGGAGACCACCUCUGGGCAAAUGGAGGGGGAGACGGAACUACAUCUCCCACUGUCCUCUGCUGCUCAGCCGGCCAGCACCUGCGCGGUCAGAGCAGAGUCAAAAGGCUAGGGAUUCCCGUCCCAGCUUCUCAGCUCGAAGAUGCAGCGUAUUAGGAACUCGGCUUGGGGACUUUUGGACCUCCUUUGCGUUGGUGCGGCGGGAGUGCGAAGUGGCUGCCCCACAGCAACUCGACGGCCUCUUAGUUCGGGGCAGCAGGAGCCCUUGAAGAAAACACCCCUGUUUGAUUUCCACCAGAGCCAUGGUGGGAAAAUGGUGUCCUUUGCUGGUUGGAGUCUACCUGUGCAGUACCGGGACAGCCACUUAGAAUCCCACCUGCACACCCGAAGACAUUGCUCCCUAUUUGAUGUAUCCCACAUGCUGCAGACCAAGAUAUUUGGAAAGGACCGAGUGAAAUUGAUGGAGAGCUUGGUGGUCAGUGACAUUGCUGAACUAAAGCCAAAUCAGGGGACACUGACUCUCUUCACCAAUGAAGAAGGAGGUAUCAUAGAUGAUCUGAUUGUGACAAACACUUCUGAUGAGUAUCUGUACGUGGUGUCCAAUGCUGGGUGCCGAGAGAAGGACAUGGCCCUCAUGCAGAACAAGGUAUCAGAACUGAAAAAUGCUGGAUGUGAUGUGAAUCUGGAGGUGAUUGAUAAUGCUUUGAUAGCCCUGCAAGGUCCCUCAGCAGCUCAGGUGCUACAGGCUGGGGUGUCCGAUGACCUCCGGAAGCUGACCUUCAUGACCAGUGCCAUGAUGGAUGUCUUUGGAAUACCUGGUUGCCGUGUGACACGCUGCGGUUACACUGGGGAGGAUGGUGUGGAGAUAUCGGUGCCAGCUGAGAGGGCCGUCCACUUGGCAGAAGCGCUGCUGGAGAAUGAGGAGGUCAAGCUAGCAGGGCUGGCAGCCAGGGACAGCCUGCGGCUGGAGGCUGGACUAUGCCUGUAUGGGAAUGAUAUAGAUGAGCACACCACCCCUGUGGAAGGGAGCCUGGGCUGGACCCUGGGAAAACGCCGCAGGGCUGCCAUGGACUUCCCUGGUGCUGCCAUUGUUGUCCCCCAGAUGAAAGGGAGACUGGCCCGGAAGCGUGUGGGGCUGACUUCUACUGGAGCACCUAUUCGCCAGCACAGCCUCAUCAUGAACACAGAGGGAGCUGUCAUUGGGGAAAUCACCAGUGGCUGCCCUUCCCCCUGCCUGAAGAAGAAUGUGGCCAUGGGUUAUGUGGAUGGAGGCUAUAGUAAAAUUGGGACCCCGCUGUUGGUGGAGGUACGGAAGAAGCAGCAGGAGGCAGUGGUCAGCAAGAUGCCCUUUGUGCCCACCCGCUACUAUACCUCAAAAUGACCAGAUCUUCCAAGCGCUUCUUUUCGCUUUCCUUUACUGUUGAAUGGGACACACACCACACAGUUUCUCCUAUUGGUUAGUUAAUGUUGUCCGGAGGGAGGAAAUUAGUAAGUGGAUAAGUGAGCAGCUCUUCCAAGGCCUUCUAGAAAGAGAUAAAUAUAGAUAUCUGGGGCUGGAGAGGAAGAAAAUAAUUGAGGCAGCACAAUGUCAAGGAAAUGGGGUUUGGAGUUAGAGUAUCUGGGUUUAAAUUCUGACUUUGCUACUUGUUCUUGAUGUAAUCUUGGGCAAUUCACUUCUUUUUGAGUCAGUUUCCUCCUUGAUCAAAUGAGGGAUAAUUGUCCCAAUGUCACCUACCUCACAAACCUAUUAGGAGGAAAAAUGAUUCAGAAAUGGGAGCUCUAGUUAUGAUAAAGGCACUCCGGGAGCUAUGGCAAAAAGAUUGAGCACUCAAGGUUGGGGAAGCCACCUUCAGGCAUCCUAGAGGUGGCAAGGGAUGGCAUGGGCACUGCCUUCCUACCCACGUGGACUCUUGCUCUGUGAGUAUUGACAGAGGAGACUUGGCUAAUGUCAGCUGCCAUCUCCCAUGUUUUCUAAACACUCAAUUUUCUGAGCUAGAGAAUGUUCAACUUUUGGAUAAUGCAAAUUACAGAAUCUCAGAAAGAAUCUAACCCAAAAUGGUACCUAAAAUAUACAUCAUCUCUCUAAUAUUACCAAGCUUCUAUUUGAAGACCUCAGUGAGUGGGAGCCCCAUUCACUUUUUGACAAUUUUUUGUGUUGAAAUUUUUUUUUCCUUAUGUUAAUCCAAAUUCUGCCUCUACAACGUCUCCCUCAGUCCAUCCUGAUUCUGCCUUUUGGACCAAGUACAAGUUUAACUGUAGAAUUCAUAGUGCUUUGACCAUAGUAAGUACUUAAUAUUUGCUUAAGGGACUGUAUAGACUAGCUAAUCCAAUCUCUUAAUUUCAUGAUGAAACUGGAGGACAGAGAUUGAUUCUUCUGUCAUGUGAUUUUCCUUCUCAUUUUUCUUUCUAGUUAUAUGUUCUACAACUAAUAGUUUGCCUUUCUGAGCCUAUAUAUAACUUUAUUCAUUGCUUCAACCAAUAUUUCUCAAGUCUAUACUGUGAGCAGAGUUGCUGUGCUCAAGAUGAGUCAAUGGUGUAAGAUUUCUAGACAGGGACAUGCAUUUUCCCCAAAACAUUUGAGAGAAGCAGUAUGAUAGGCUCGGAAGGAGUCUGAGUGUCCAUGUUUACCACAGGGGAUUUCAAAGCAUGAAAAAUCUAUACCUGAGCUGAUGAUUCUCACAUGAAUUGAGCUAAAUAUAUGGUUACAGUUGCCCUGUAGGAUUAAGGAAAGGUCCAUCCUGCAAUUCUGUGACAUUCCAAGGCCUAGUCCUGUUCCCUGUGACCACUUUCUGUACUGGAUGAGAUUUGACCAUUUCCUGUCAUUGCCUUAUCACUUCCUUGGAUAAAGAAAUCCUGAUUAUA